AUGGCUCCCGCCGAAUCAUCAAAAGCUGCACAGUCCGACGGCAUCAGAGCUCAGAGCAAUGGAGCAUCUUCCAAUUAUGAACUGCCAUGGGUCGAGAAGUACCGCCCGAUUGUGUUGGACGACAUUGUGGGCAACACCGAAACCAUCGAACGCCUGAAGAUUAUCGCCAAAGAUGGCAACAUGCCUCACGUUAUCAUCAGCGGAAUGCCGGGAAUUGGCAAGACCACAUCCGUUCUUUGCUUAGCACGACAGCUCCUGGGCGAGAGCUACAAGGAAGCAGUUCUCGAAUUGAACGCUUCCGACGAGCGCGGUAUAGAUGUGGUACGGAACAGGAUUAAGGGAUUCGCCCAGAAGAAGGUCACUCUGCCUCCCGGAAGACAAAAGAUUGUGAUACUGGAUGAGGCGGACAGCAUGACAAGCGGUGCUCAGCAGGCAUUGAGGAGAACCAUGGAGAUCUAUUCUGGUACAACGCGGUUUGCAUUUGCAUGCAAUCAAAGCAACAAGAUUAUUGAGCCACUGCAGUCGAGGUGCGCAAUCUUGCGAUACGCGAGACUGACUGAUGCACAAGUGGUGAAGAGGAUAAAUCAGAUCUGCAAAGCCGAGAAUGUGCAGUUCAGUGACGACGGUCUUGCGGCAUUGGUCUUCAGUGCUGAGGGAGACAUGCGGCAGGCCAUCAACAAUUUGCAGUCCACGCACGCAGGAUUUGGGUUCGUCAAUGGAGACAACGUUUUCAAGGUGGUGGACAGUCCGCAUCCUAUCAAAGUCCAGGCCAUGAUCAAGAGCUGCCAUGAGCAGAAAGUUGAUGAGGCACUGGAUUCGUUGAAAGAGCUCUGGGGUCUGGGCUACUCUUCGCAUGAUAUCAUCAGCAGUAUGUUCAAAGUGACGAAGACAAUACCAUCACUGUCCGAGCAUGCGAAGCUCGAAUUCAUCCGGGUCAUUGGCUUCACCCACAUGCGGAUUCUGGAAGGCGUACAGACCUAUCUGCAAUUAGCUGGCUGUGUUGCGAAACUCUGCAAACUCAACAUGAAGCAAGAACUGUUCAAUGUCCCUACAAAAUGAGCCGUCGAUCAAGAAGAGCUGGAAAAUCUUAUAGUGCUCUUAGCGAGGCGUUGGUGGGUUUCGGACGAUGUAUACAAAGCUGCUCAGUGACCAG